AUGGCGCCGGACGGUGGGCUCCCCAGUUCCUCGGUGGCCAGAGUCCUCGUGUGUGCCUGUGGAGCUAGCCGAGUGCACGUGGUGUGCAUGGAGUUAGGCAAUGCCUUUCUGAGCUGCGCCUGCAACCUGUGUAUCGUGCUGGGGGCCGACCCCUUUCAUAGCCUCUCCUCUGAACUUGACGUGUAUACAAGUGGGCAGGCCUCCGCGUUUUGUCCUCCGGGCCUGUGCUCUUCCAUGCGCCUCCCUGCUGAGCCUGGGCCCCCCAAAGCACACCUCACCCCGCACUACCUGUACCCUGAGGAGCACAUCCUGGACAAGGGCUCUGGAGCUGCGUGCCCCACCAUCGGCCAUGCUCUCCGCUUAGAACAUGCUGGAACGCAGCCACGGCGGGCAUCCCUCUGGCAGCUGGCGAGCAAAUCCUGCUCCGCAAAUGGAGAGAGAGGCCGGGCCCUGCAGGAGCGCCUGAGGCAGCCCCCGCCGUCGGAGGACAGCCCUGCGGGUCGGGCGCCAGCUCAUGACUUCCUAGCCGCCACCAUGGAUCGGCACAGAGACGCGGAGAUGGAGCCGGGGCGCGGCCUCGAGCUGGACGGGGACAAGACCGUGUGCCACAGCUGCUGCAUCUGCGGCAAGACCUUCCCGUUCCAGAGCUCUCUGUCCCAGCACAUGCGCAAGCACACCGGCGAGAAGCCCUACCAGUGCCCCUACUGCGACCACAGGGCCUCCCAGAAGGGCAACCUCAAGCUCCACAUCCGGAGCCAUCGCACCGGGACCCUGGGGCCAGGGCACGAGCCGGAGGCCGGCGAGGCCCCGCUGGGCGAGCUGCGCGUGGCCGAGGGCCUGGACGGCUGCGCCAGCCCCACCAAGAGCACCUCGGCCUGCAACAAGGUCCUCAACGGGGCCUCGCCGGGCGACGGCGGCAAGAUCCUGCUGCGGGGCAGCCGCAAGGAGGCGGACGCGGCGGGUGGCGCCCAGGGCGCCUGCGCGGCAGCCUGGCGGUGCCCCUUCUGCAAGAGCGUCUUCGAGCGCAAGCGGGCCCUGGAGCAGCACCUACGUGACGCUGCGCGAGGAGGCGCUGCUGGGCCACAUCGAGAAGGAGCACGUCACCGCGCAGGCGCCCAACGGCGGCGGCGCCGAGGCGGCGGUGGAGAACGGCCGGAGCGAGCUGCCGGCCGGGGAGUUCCCGCGCACAUGAAGAAGCACCGCGGCUCCUUCGACCACGGCUGCCACAUCUGCGGCCGCCGCUUCAAGGAGCCCUGGUUCCUCAAGAACCACAUGAAGGCGCACGGCCCCAAGGCGGCCGGCAAGAACCGGCUGCGCAGCGAGCUGGACCCCAUCGCUACCAUCAACAACGUGGUGCAGGAGGAGACCAUCGUCACGGGCCUGUCCCUCUACGAGGUCUGCACCAAGUGCGGGAACCUGUUUACAAACCUGGACAGCUUGAGCGCGCACAACGCCGUGCACCGGCGCGCCGAGGCGGGCGGGCCCAGCAGCCCCGGCUCUGCCAGCGCCGCGGAUGAUUCCCCGGGCUCCGGCCUGGCCGACGAGGUCGUGGACGACAGUGGUGAGGAGGGCGCGCCUGAGCCGGUGCCAGACAGGUGUGGCCGUGCCCGAGGCGGACCACACAGGCAUCAGUCCCGUUUCUUCCACGUGGAAGGUGAGGGCUCUGCACUGAGCCAUGUGCCGUACACUGAGCACGUCUUCUGCCGCGUCACGGUGCAGCGGCUACGCCGUCGGUCCAGCCGCACCGUCUCCCCGCCCUGUGCUGCCUCCCUGAGACCCCAUCCCAGACCUCAGUUGUCGAGGGGCCAGGACUGGGUGCGUCCAAGCCCGCCACCGCCCCGGGCUAUUGCCCGUGGACCUGCCUCCUUCCGGAAGCCCGGCCCCUCGGCCCUGGUUGCUGCCUGA